UGUGUGAGUGAGUGUGUGUGACGUGUAUUUGGCCUGCUGGGCCUGAAUCUGGGACAUUAGUCAGCUGGAGGGUACCUAAGCGUGUGUGUGUACGUAGUGCAAGUGUCUCAUGAUGAAGACAAGAACUCCUGGAGCUGUGCCGCUGGCCCUGUACUGGUGUGUGUGUUUGUGUUUGUGUGUCAGUGGAGUUGUGGCCGAUCAUGGAGGGGAGGCAUCAACAGGACAGGAGUGUGUGCCUGAUGUCCACACCGUGCUGAGAGAGAUGAGUGCACAUAUUGCAGAGCAGAAACUGGAGCUCACACACACCAAGACACAACUGGAGAAGGAAAUAGAGGAGCUGAAGAGAGAGAAUGAAGCUUUAGCAGACAGGCUGAGUGCUGCUGAGGCUAGGCUGGCAGCCAAUGAGAAGCGAGCUGAAGAGCAGAGCGUCCAAUCAGAGCAACUUGAGGCCUCCAACACAGAACUGAACAACACCCUACUCCAGAUUACCAGCAAUACAGAAGUGAGUAAGGUGGCAUUCUCAGCCUCGUUCUCAGUGACGUCUAACAAACACAUCGGCCCCUUUGACACAACCAUCACCCUUGUCUACGACCAUGUUUUCACCAACAUAGGCAACGCCUACAACAAACACACAGGGAUCUUCACGGCCCCGGUGAGAGGAGUGUACCGUUUCGGCUAUCACAUCUUUGCGGGUGGCUCUCGUAGUGCUGGCGCCAGCCUGUGGCGUAACGGUGUACACAUGGUGUCGGCCUACAACCACAAAGCCCCCCACGACAUCAACACGUCCCAGGGGGUCACCUUGGUGCUGCAGCACGGGGACACAGUCUACCUGCGCCUGGGGGCCGGGGCGUGGGUCUCUGCCUACACCGGACACUACACCACAUUCAGUGGACAACUGCUGUUCCUUAUAUGA